CCGUUUUACAAGGCGUCGCUCUCGCCCCCACCCACAGUGAAGAAGAGAAGAGAACCGUGCGCUGAGGAAAAGGCAACUUGGAGCUGAACUUCACAGGACAUUUACCGAAGGCUCCAAUUUUAGACCGAAUAAUAUUCUGGGGUUAUUUUCCCCUCUAUGGCAUUUUACAAGGAGGACAGCCAGGAGGACGCACAGGAGUGUCCAGUGUGCUAUGAGUGUCUGUCGGGCACCGAGAGGACCCUGAGCUGCGGACAUGUGUUCUGCCACGACUGCCUGGUCAAAACGCUGGUCAGCAUCAACAGCAUCAACAGCGAUGGGAGCAUCAGGGACACGAUCGUUUGCCCCGUCUGUCGACACCUGACGUUCAUCAGGAAGCAGAAGGAAGCGCUGGUGUCCCUCGCUGCGGACAAGGCUGCGCAUGAAGCGCAGACCCUGGAGGUGCCUCUCCCGCUGCCGCAGGGGCAGCUCCAGAGCGCACGGCACACCUCCAGGGACACUUUGCCGAGGGGAGUGAAUUGGAUCGCUCGCUGCUUCAGGGGGAUCUCGGAGCGAGCCCGUCGACAGAGGCUGAUCAGCCCCGGCCACAACGCAUCUCAGAUCUUCAUCAUCAGCGCUGAGGGGCGACCCAUGGCUGAGGACGAUGCGCUCAGCGUGGUGAUGACCGUGGUUCAGCCGCAGCGCAGGCGAAGGCGCAGGAUUUGCACGACCGCACGGUGCCUCCUCAUUUUGCUGUCGGCGUUUACUAUACUCGCACUGGUGGCUGCAACUUUACCAUGGAUUUUAUUGGCAUAGUGCAGCGAAUACUGACUGGACUACGAAGUGCCAAUAAGGAGUGAUGAACUGAUAUAUAUAUUUUUAAAUCUGUUGAAUCCACAAAUUCAACAUCAUCCAUCAGCUAUGCAAUGAAGUGUGUGACAAAGUUUAUUUGACUGCUCAAAGUAAUCAGAACAUUAAACUAAUUUCCAGUUCA